UUGUAUCGUUGUAUCAUAACGUCCGUUGGUAUCCGAUCAUUGUUUUCGUUCGCGAGUUUACGUUGUGCGUCUAUCAUGUGCAGGAAUUUUUGUGGAAAAUGUCAAUGCAUAUAAACGAUUAUGUAUUCGAAGCAUUGUUAGGACGUGGCACUUUCGGAUCCGUUUAUAUAGUACGAAGAAAGAGAGACUCUAAGCCGUUUGUCGUGAAAGAACAGGUUCUUAAUAAUACCAUAAAUGCUUUGCCCUUCAAGAAUAUAUUAGAAGAAAUAGAAUGUUUGCAUACGCUGAGACAUCCUAAUAUAGUGGCUUAUUACGGAGCCUGGAUGGAAAACAAUCACAGUUACAUUCUUAUGGAAUUCGCCACGCGGUGCACAUUGAAAGAUUUGUUAGAGAAACGGCAAGAACCGCUCAAAGAAGACGAUGCGCUGUACUUGUUCUCGCAAGUCGUACUCGGCGUCCGUCACAUACAUUUUAAGAAGAUCCUGCAUCGGGAUUUAAAGCCAGAGAACAUUAUGCUAACCGGAAAUUACGGUAACAUCGUCAAAAUCGGCGAUUUCGGCGUUUCGAAGAAUUUUCAAGACUCGAAAGAUCCAUCGAUCACGUGUCGGGCCGGAUCAUUUUAUUACAUGGCCCCUGAAAUGUUGAAUGGACAGUCUUAUGAUUUUAAAUGCGACGUGUGGAGCAUGGGAGUUAUUCUUUACGAGAUGGUUACAAAAAGGCUCCCGUUUCCUGGCACGACGUUGGCAGAAAUCAUGGAAAGGGCGUGCAACGAACAACCACGGCCUCUUCUUAAACAUACAUCGGAGGCUACCGUCAGUUUAAUAUCAAAAAUGCUGAGGAAACAACCGUCAUUUCGGCCAAAGACAGAUCAAUUGGUCCUUUGUCCUUAUCUGAUGCCUCUCAUUACUCUGAUGCAUUUAAACUUGGGCCGAGUUCAUUGUACAGCGAAACAAAAUAAUAGUAACUUCGGUCCGAAAAUGUUUUUAAAGUUCCUCAAACCUCGUGAGAAUGGAAUUGUCGAACGAACGGUUAUCGAACUCGGCCUCUGUGUCAGGAUCAAAAGCGUAACGACAGGAAGUAAAGACCGGAACUGCGGAAUGCUCGUUUUAUUUCAUCACGUGCAUACCACUCGAAAACCGUUCAGUCUGUAUUUUAGUCAGAAGAAUAUCGCCCUUCCGCGCGUGACGAAGCCAACAAUAACCGUGUUGCGAACUUCUGGAACGUUACAGAGGUUCAUCGAACGUGGAGCGAGGCGCACUAAUUAUUUAGAAUAUACGGAGUGA